UGACGCGCGAUUUCAGGAAGCUGACACGUGAUUGGUGUCAAAAUAGAAACUGUUCACUUUCGUUUAUUAAGUCAGUUUAUUUCGUGCGACACAAAAAAAAACAUCCCAAUGGAAUCUGGACUAAGAGCCGAAUUAGAAAAGCUCCUAAAAAGUCUGAAUAUUGACUUUAUUUCUGUGGAUCAUCCGGAGGUUUUCACUGUGGAGGAAAUGAUGCCUCAUGUACAGCACCUGAACGGGGCCGUGACCAAAAACCUCUUCCUAAAGGACAAGAAGAAGAAAGGUCUGUGGCUCGUCUCAGUGCGUCAUGACCGCCAGGUCAACCUGAACGAUCUGGCUAAGAAGCUGGGCGUGGGCAGCGGGAACCUGCGCUUUGCGGAUGAGGCAGCCAUGUUGGAGAAGCUCAAGGUGGGUCAGGGGUGCGCCACUGCUCUCGCGCUCUUCUGCGACAAGGACCAGACCGUCAGGUUCGUCCUGGACAGCGAUUUAGCAAACGGAGGCCACGAGAGAGUUUACUUUCACCCAAUGACCAACGCUGCGACCUUAGGACUGAAACCAGACGAUCUGAUGAGGUUCUUGAAGGAGACGGGGCACGAACCCAUAAUGCACAGCUUCGAUUAGAUCAGCUUUAUAACGUAACGCUUCAUAACCUUGUAGGUCAAUGACAGGAAACGUGUCCAGGAUGUUUUUAUUGUACAAACAACAGUUCAUCAGUGAGACAGCAAUAAAAACACAUCACUUUGAAACUCUUCACCAUUAUAUCCUCACCAGGGGGCAAAGAUUUAAAGGAAAGGUGUAUUAUUAUUAUUAUUAUGAAAAAGGGCAAUAAUAAAAUCUUUGUAUUUCUUA